CACUGCUGCACGCUCAGGCUCAUCGCUUCUGCUACACGUCGCGGUUGCAUGAGUCGCAAAUUUACUUUUUACGCGCGUACGUUGCGCCGGCCUGUUUGAAUCGUUGCAACGUCUCAAGAACGUCAGUAUGAGCAAGCGGGCUGGGCCGAAUGUGCCCCAGCCAGACAGUGUGAAGCGCCCUCGACCGCUCGAUAGUUGGCUAAGUCUGCCUCAGACACAAUGGGAUCCGCUAGCGACAUCUUCAACUGUCGUUGAUCGCGACUCGUGCUUUGUUGCCUAUGCCACCAGCAUCACAAGCAAAGCAGAUGCGCUUGCAUUCCAGGCACACGUCAAAGUACUUCACGAAGGAUCGAUAGGCAAGGGCAAGCUCGGGCCAGCUUCGCAUAACGUGCUCGCUUGGCGUACAAUCACCCUCCGGCCAGGGAAGAACGGGCUAGGCGAGCAAGGGGAUGAGGAUUUUGAGGUCGCCGCUGGCUCUCACAAUGACGGCGAGGAUAGAGCCGGGCCGACGAUGCUCAACGUCCUCGAAAAGGAAGGAGUCGUCGAUGUCGUCGUCAUCGUGUCUAGAUGGUUUGGCGGUACGAUGCUGGGACCGAUACGUUUUAAGCACAUAGAGGACGUUACGCGAGACGUGAUACGCAAAUGGCUACCCCUGGAAGAGAAGCGAAUGCUGCUCAAAGCACUAGCAGAGGCCGACAAGCAAAUUGCAACGCUCGUACAUCAGACCAAGCUGAUCGCGCCUGAAGUCCAAGCGACAGAUAGACCGGCCGCUUUUGAUGCAUUGUCGACGGACAAAGCUCAGAAACUCUUGCGAGCGCGCGAAGGCCGGAUCGCGUUCCUUGAGCAACGUUUGGCCAAAUUGACGAGAGAGCGCAAUGCGCCUGAACUUGCAAAGGGCAGCAUGCCUAUGUCCUCGCCAGUACCUAUGGCAGCAACUCUACCGAGUGGUGAGGCGCUGCGAAACGACGAAGAGGACUUCAGUGAAGACGAAGACCUCAACGCGCUAGCGGCAGCAUCGAUGGAUGCGCCAGAAGAAGCGAUGCCGGUGCCCCAAGCUGGCCUCGGUCUUGCACCUGCAGCGUGAUCCCGGUAUUGUAGCGUCUACUUGCUUGUUGUAGCAUCAUUUUGAUCAUUUACUAGACCUCCAUGAGCGGCUCGGGCCGUGGCGGCGGUAUUGGCGCAGCAGGCGGCGGUAUAGAGACAAGAUCGCAGUCCCAAAGCUCGAUGAAUUGCUCAUUGAGGACCCGCACUUUCGGUCCCGCGAAGCGUCUAUACUCUUCAAAGAUACUUGCGAGGUUCCAUCGUUGCAACUUGCGCAGGCAGCCAAUCGCCGUGCCUGUUCUAUGUCUCCCGAGAUUGCACAUAACCAUGACGGGAUGACAAGCCGGAUCGAUGAUGAUUUCCAAUGCUUGGAUCACCGUUUCCUCCGUGAUGGGAUCCCACGCAUUGGCAGCGUUAAGUGCGCCGAGAUGAUGGAGUUUGAUACCUUG